AAGCCUUCCUUGAAACCCUAAAACCGACACUAAACUCCAACUCUGGUUUGAAACACCAAUUAUAAUUUAAACCCCUAACCCCGUCUUGAAACCAAAACCCUGCUUUGAAAUCCUAACCCCUGGACUGAAACCCAAACUUGACUCCUUAGACCUUAUGGUUUUAAACCCUAUCCUUGUUUUGGAACUCUCAAUGUAACCCUUUCAUGCACCCUGAAACCAGAUAACAUGGUAAGCUAUCCACUGUAGUAACCACCGUCCCUGAAAGGGUAAAAAACCUGAACCAUAAAAACCCGAAUCUUAACUUGAAACCUUAAUCCUGGCUUGAAACCCUACCCUUUGUUUAGAAACCCAUCCUAACCUAACAAUCAUUUUGAGCUCGCUCUGUUACUGUCACUGUCGGUGGACAGAAACCCCCUUACAGGGUGCAAGCCAAAGCCGUCACGUCGUCAGAAGAGGAGGCCAUCGCCAUGCGCUCCUUGCCGUGCGACGCAGACGGAUACCUGAGGGUCCUCCACUCGCCCUCAUCUGACUACCACAUCCUGGACUUCCUUGGGGAGGGCACCUUCGGCGACGUGGUCAAGUGCUUGAAGACGGCUACCAGGGAGGAAGUCGCCGUCAAGAUCUUCAAGCACAUCGACGCCCUGGACACGUUUAAGAAAGAGGCCAGCACACUGCAAACCUUAAUGGAUUACGACACGGACAAAGUCAACUUGAUCCAGUGCAAGAGCAUCUUUGUGGACAGAGCGUACAUGUGUCUCGAGUUUGAGAUGUUGGACAUCAACUUGUGGGAUUUUAUGAACACCAGACCCACCAAGUGCCUCCUUGUCAAGGAGAUCCGACCCAUUCUUCAUCAGCUGGCCGUGGGCCUGCAUUUUCUGAACAGUAUUGGACUUAUCCACGCAGACCUGAAGCCCAACAACAUCAUGAUGGUGGAGCACGUCAACCGGCCGUACAAAGUUAAAAUCAUCGACUUUGGCUUGGCCCAGCACGUCUCCGAGACCAAUCAGGGCCGACACUUUCAGAACCGCCGCUACAGGGCUCCAGAGAUCAUCCUCGGUUUUCCCUACGCGGAGGCGAUCGACGUGUGGUCUCUCGGUUGCAUUAUCGCAGAGUUGUUUUUGGGCUCUCCACUUUUCUACAGCACCUGUGAAUACGACAUGGCAAGAAGCCCAAAGAUCGAGCACAUCUUGGGUCAUCUUCCACAAAGACUUCUGAACAUUGGAGUCAACACGACUUAUUUUUACAAGAAGGAGAGGGCCUACCAGACAUGUCACUGGAGACUAAAGACGCCCAACGAGUAUGGCUAUGUAGCCUGCACCGACAGUUUUCUCAACUCUCUGGAUGACCUUUGCAAGGUCAGACAAGUGGUCCACCUGUCAAAUGAGGACACCACAGCAGAAGUCCAAGACCAGGAGGUCUUUGUGGAUUUGCUGAAGCAGCUCCUGAGGCCUGACGCUGGCAAGCGACUGAUGCCCAGUCAGAUUCUCCAGCAUCCCUUCGUCACCCUGACUGACCUUGCACACAGCCACGCCAACAGCUUCUACAUGAAACUGAGCUGCGAAAUGAUGCAGGCCUGUCAGAAUUCAAGCCCUGGGACUCAGGUUGACACUUCUGCGGCCUCGCACCACGCCACUCGUCCCACUUGGCAGAUCCACCGGGAACAUCCUGACAUCGUGGGGAUCUCCUCGGGCAUCUUGAGGGGCCUCAACCUGGACAACCUCGACUCGGAGUCACACACGACUCUCUCGUCUCGGCUCCGUUUAGUCAACCUCCACAAGUCGCCAGACUCGUCGCCCCAUGAAAACGUGCGGCACAUGGCAGGGUAAGCAGCAGAAGAUUUGAACCGAUUA